AUUGGCGGUUUGUCCAGGAGAGAACAGCGCUUCGAGAGCUGCUGCUAAACUAUAAAAGAAAUUGAGAUUUUAAAGCGGGUUAUUUUAUUUUUUAUUUUUAGUACCUGUUGGAAACAUGCAGAACAAGGAGAACCGUGAACCCAGAAGCCUCCUCACACAGACAGUUGGAGCUCUCAGAGAAGAGAUGAACCCUGGAGCUGUCAUGGGCACUGGUCCUGGCCGAGUCCCAGUGAAACCCAGCUCACAGAAGAAGUUAUCAAUUAAGGACUUUGAUAUUGGUCGGCCCCUUGGAAAAGGCAAGUUCGGGAAUGUGUAUUUGGCUCGGGAAAAGAAGCUGAAGGUUAUUGUGGCACUAAAGGUGCUCUUUAAAUCCCAGAUGGAAAAGGAAGGAGUGGAGCACCAGCUCAGGAGAGAGAUUGAAAUCCAGUCUCACCUCAGGCAUCCGAACAUCCUGCGCUUCUAUAAUUACUUCCACGAUUCAUCACGUGUUUUCCUCAUUCUGGAGUUUGCGCCCCGUGGCGAGAUGUACAAAGAGCUGCAGCGUUGUGGUCGCUUCACUGAUCAGCGCACAGCCACGUUUAUGGAGGAGAUUGCAGAUGCUCUUCAGUACUGCCAUGAGAAGAAGGUGAUCCAUCGUGAUAUUAAGCCUGAGAAUCUGCUGCUGGGUUACAGAGGAGAGCUCAAAAUUGCAGACUUUGGCUGGUCUGUCCACGCACCGUCGCUACGGCGACGGACCAUGUGUGGCACUCUGGAUUAUCUUCCUCCUGAGAUGAUUGAAGGGCAUUCUCAUGAUGAGAAGGUGGAUCUGUGGUGCAUCGGUGUGCUGUGUUACGAGUGUUUGGUGGGAAAUCCUCCAUUCGAGACGGAGAGCCAUUCAGAAACGUACAAACGCAUCAGCAAGGUGGAUCUUAAGUUUCCCAAAGAUGUUUCAGAAGGAGCACGUGAUCUGAUCUCCAAGCUGCUGAGACACAGCCCCUACAUGCGUCUGCCUCUGAAGAGAGUUAUGGAGCACCCAUGGGUGAAGGCCAACUCGCGCAGAGUCCUGCCUCCUGUCUGUCAGCCCAAACCCACUUCUUCACACUAGCCUUAAUUCCUACACAGUGCUUUUAAUCUGUUUAAUAAAAAGUAUUUAAU